UUUCGCAAGCUCUCCAGCUGGGGAGAGAGCACCGAUUGUCUAUAAAUAAAGCUUACAACACCGUGUCAAUUAUCAGUCCACGAAGACAGUUGCCAUGAUUAGUCUUAAGGUGUCCUUGUCACUGCUAGUGGCGACGGCCGUCCUACUGGUGACGGCACAAGAUCUGGACCAAAAGGAAUGGUGGGAAACGACGGUCUUCUACCAGAUUUAUCCGCGGUCGUUCUUCGAUUCGAACGAUGAUGGAACCGGUGACGUCAAGGGAGUUACGGCCAAACUGCAGCAUCUCAAGGAUACCGGAUUUGAGGCGACAUGGCUUAGUCCGAUUUUCAAGUCACCCCAGGAAGACUUCGGGUACGAUGUGAGUGAUUUUGUGUCGGUGGAUCCACUGUUCGGCUCGAACAGCGAUCUGGAGGAGCUGUUUGCUGAAGCCGAGAAGCUCGGUAUCAAGAUUGUUCUGGAUUUCGUGCCGAACCAUUCGAGUAAAGAGCAUGAGUGGUUUGUUAAAUCUGAAAACAGUGAGGAACCCUAUACGGAUUACUACAUGUGGCACAAUGGAAUACCGAAUCCCGAGGGUGGAAGACCUUUGCCUCCGAAUAAUUGGCAAUCCGUAUUCUACGGAUCCGCUUGGGAGUGGAGCGAGAAACGUCAGCAGUACUACCUGCACCAGUUCGCUGUGGGUCAACCAGAUUUGAACUACCGCAAUGAGGCUGUAAUUAAGGAGUUUGAUGAAAUUUUGCGCUAUUGGAUGCGCAAAGGUGCCUCGGGUUUCCGCAUUGAUGCAAUUAACCAUAUGUUCGAGGUGGAGGAUUUGCGUAACGAGCCAAUCAACGAUCCGUCGGACCCCAAGAGUUACGGUUACACGCAUCACAUCUACACCAAGGAUCUGCCGGAAACGUACGAUGUGAUUGCUCGCUGGCGUAAGGUCAUCGACGAUUAUGUGAAGGAAAGCGGUUCGGAUACGAUCAUCAUGAUGACUGAGGCCUAUGCAAACCUGACCAUGACCAUGAAGUUCUACGAGUCUGAUGAUGGAUCCCAGCCAAGAGCACACUUCCCUUUCAACUUUGCGAUGAUUGAAGACCUGAACGACAACUCCAAGGCAUCGGAUUUCAAGUACAUCAUUGAUCGUUGGCUUGACAACAUGCCUCGCGGAAAGGUCACCAACUGGGUGUUGGGUAACCACGAUAAGCCUCGCAUGGCUAGCCGUUAUGGGCGGGAACGCGUUGAUGGAAUGGCGUUGAUCUUAAUGACUUUGCCAGGCGUAGCGGUUGUGUACAACGGAGAGGAAAUCGGUAUGGAGGACUACCGAGAUAUGUCCUACGAAGAUAGCAAGGAUCCACAGGGGUGCAAUUUGGGCCCUGAAAACUACAAAUGGGCUUCGAGAGAUCCUCAGCGAACUCCAUUCCAGUGGGAUGAUACCUUCAACGCUGGAUUCUCCAAGUCAGACAAAACGUGGCUUCCGAUGCAUCCGCUGUACAGGCAAAGGAACUUACUAAAACAAAAGGAAGCCGAUUACAGCACCUACCAAUUCUACGUGGAUUGCAUGAAGCUCCGUAAGGAGCGCAUUUUGACUCAUGGCGAAUUCCGCUCCCGUGCCUUCAACGACGAUGUCUUUGCCUUCGUGCGGUUCCUUCGUGAAAACGAAGACCGUGAAUUGGAUCCAUACUAUGUGACGCUGGUUAACUUCCACGGAAAUUCCUUCACUGUGGAUGUCACGGAUCUGUAUAAAUUCGCAGGGAAGUCCGCCACUGUCCAGCUGGUUGGUACCGAUUCCCAACAUGAGGUUGGUCAAACUGUCAACACCACAGCGGUUACUCUGGGUCCGUACGAAGCCAUCGUAAUUGGCACUAGUGCAGCGGUCAGUGUUCAUUUGUCGUUGGCAUUACUCGUGGCAGCCAUAGUUAAGUAUCUGUUCUUGUGAACGUUUUAAAUAAAUCGAAUUUAAGACUCA